AUGAUCCUUUCCUCUUUUGGAGUGCUACUUUUCAUCCAUUACACGACAGUGGAAACUGUCAGGGUUGCUGAGAAUUACUGGACUCUUCAACCAAAUGUACUGGUGGUGGAGGUGGAUGUGAAGCGGUUUGGCCGUCUGGUCCAGGUGCCGAUCUCCUGUGGAGAAGCCUUUGAAGGGCAGGAAGUAAUAUGGAGGAAAAAUGAUCUUGAAGACCUGAAGGAACGAGGCAACAGGAUAAUGAUUACUGUGGAGGAGAGGCUUGGGGCCACUUACACCUGCUAUGACACAAACAGGACCCCGCUCAAUCACACCCUAGUGCUGGUACAGUGGCCUCUGAGGAAAAUUAUAAAGAAGAAACCUGAUGGAGGCUACAUCCAUUGCUUGGCUAAUAACUACAAAGGUUCCUUCCAAUGUUCCUGGACUUGGGAUGAGAACAGGGCCGGACAUGUAGCUGUUGUUCAAGUCAAACGCUCUAACGGAGCAGAACACAUCAGCUGCACUGUGGACUCCAGUGGACAUAGGAUCACCUGUAAGGACAAAGCUUACUGUCCAUAUGUUGAAGAGGUGGAAAGCAUAAAUUUGACUCUACAUGUCAGAAGCAAUCACCUGCUGGAAAGUUACUCCAAACAGUUCUACAUCACUGAUAUAGUGAAGCCAGACCAAGUGGCCAUUAAGAGGGUAAGCAGGACUACACUGGAGCUAAAGUACCCACGUUCCUGGAACACCCCCUUCAGCUACUUCCCUCUCACUUUCCAGGUCAAAGAGAUCCGCUGUAAACAAGCAUGUGAUUGUGAAAGCUCAGAACACAAAAGUGCCAAGCUUUAUACUACAGAAACCCCCCAGCUGUCUGUGAAAAGAGGAGUUAUGCUCUGUGUCAGGGCUAAAGAUCCGCUGUGUAACUCUUCAUGGAGUGAAUGGAGCCAAUAUAAGUGAAAGAAGAAGAAGAAGAAGAAGAAGAAGAAGAAGAAAAUUGUCAUGGCCGUUAAGGAGCGGGUUGAGUCGAUACUUAAUGUGGGACUGAGGAUACCCAGCAUCAUGCUUCUGGAGGUGUUGUACCGCUGGGACGUCAGCUCCUUUUUCCAGAAGAUCCAAAGGAGCAGCCUCAACAACAAUCCUCUUUUCCAGUACAAGUACCUGGCCCUUUACCUGCACUAUGUGGGCUACAUCCUCAGUCUGGUCCUGUUGACUUUGCCGCGGCAACACCUGGUCCAGCUCUACCUGUACGUCCUAACCGCUCUGCUGCUGUUUGCUGGACAUCAGAUUUCAAGGGACUAUGUCCGUAGUGAGCUGGAAUCUGGUUACGAGGGACCGCUGUACCUGGAGCCUCUGUCCAUGAACCGUUUCACCACGGCCCUCAUCUGCCAGUUGGUUGUAUGUACCCUGUGCUCCUGUGUGAUGCAGACAAAACAAAUCUGGCUCUUCUCAGCUCACUUGCUCCCUCUAGUGGCCAGGCUGUGUCUGGUUCCACUGGAGACCAUUGUGUUUGUGAAUCGUUUUGCUAUGAUCUUCACUGGCCUGGAGGUGCUCUACUUUUUGGCUUCUAACUUGCUGGUGCCCUUUAACUUGGCUAAGACAGCUUACCGGGAACUCGCCCAGGUGGUGGAGGUGUAUGGGCUUCUUGCCUUGGGUAUGUCUCUGUGGAAUCAGCUGGUUCUUCCUGUGCUCUUCAUGUGUUUCUGGCUGGUUCUGUUUGCUCUGCAAAUCUACACAUAUUUCAGCACUCGAGACCAGCCCACUUCCAGAGAAAGACUGCUCUUCUUGUUCCUCACCAGUGUUGCUGAAUGCUGUAGUACUCCAUACUCUCUGCUGGGCCUAGUCUUCACUGUGUCCUUCGUGGCCCUGGGCGUGCUCACUCUCUGCAAGUUCUACCUGCAGGGCUACCGAGCGUUUAUGAAUGAUAACACCAUGCACAGGGGCAUGACUGAGGGAAUCACUCUACUGAUCCUAGCUGUUCAAACAGGGCUGAUAGAGCUACAGGUCAUCCACAGGGCCUUCCUCCUCAGCAUCAUCCUCUUCAUCGUGGUGGCCUCCAUCCUGCAGUCCAUGCUGGAGAUUGCUGACCCCAUAGUGCUGGCACUGGGGGCCUCCAGGGACAAGAGUUUAUGGAAGCACUUUCGGGCAGUGAGCCUAUGUUUGUUCCUGCUGGUGUUCCCGGCCUACAUGUCCUACAUGAUCUGUCAGUUCUUCCAUAUGGACUUCUGGCUGCUGAUAAUCAUCUCCUCCAGCAUUCUGACUUCUCUCCAGGUUUUGGGAACUCUUCUCAUCUACGUGCUCUUCAUGUUUGAGGAGUUCCGGAAGGCUCCGGUCGAGAACAUGGACGACGUGAUUUACUGUGUAAACGGCACGUACCGACUGCUGGAGUUCCUGGUGGCGCUGUGUGUGGUGGCGUACGGCGUGUCGGAGACGGUGUUCGGCGAGUGGACGGUGAUGGGAUCCACCAUCGUGUUGGUUCACUCCUACUACAACGUGUGGCUGCGUGCCCAGCUUGGCUGGCAGAGCUUCCUUCUGCGUAGAGACGCUGUGAACAAGAUCAAGAGCCUACCAGUGGCUUCUGACCAGCAACUACAACAACACAAUGACAUCUGUGCCAUCUGCUACCAGGAUAUGACAUCGGCCGUCAUCACACCCUGUGGCCACUUCUUCCACGCAGGCUGCCUGAAGAAGUGGCUCUAUGUGCAGGAGACUUGUCCUCUAUGCCACAGUCAGCUAAAAGGCCAGGCCCAGUCCGGUACAGCAGCGGGGCCAGCCCAGGAUCCACCUCAGCCUCCCCCGCCCCAACAGGCCAAUCAGAACCAGGCUACAACCGCAAAUCUCCAUCCACAUCCAAAUCCAGAGAUGGAGCCGGCCCCCUCAGAACCUCAGCGCGCUGAGUCAGUGUCGGAAGGCAGCCUGGAGGAGAGAGCCCUCUCUCCCUCCGAAGACAAUGGCAAUCCAGACAGUGGGCCAAGUUCUAAUCAGACUAUAUCUGCUCCACCCUGUCCUUAA